AUGGAUGAUAUAGAUCUUGCAGAAAUCGCCCAACAGUUAUCUGAUCUGGAAGUAGCCCUUUUCCUGUGCCUCGUGGCCCGUGAACAAUGCUUGAUCGAGACUACCAGCCACUGUAUCCAUGACCUUGCCAAAGAACUUGCUUUGAUUGGCUCGACUACCUUCAAUCAUCCAUACUGCAUCCUUGACUGUUCGUCGUCAACGUCCAUGGAUGACAUUUUCAAUGACGUUCUCACAUCAGAUGCUCGCCCAAAUCGACGUCUAUCACGUCCUUGGUUGAACACAGAACCAUCAAGCAAACGAUCUUCCUUCAAAAGUUUGGCAGACUACAGCAAGUCACCAACUCCACUUACGCCACUUCCUGGAAGUAAUGUGGUCAAUAUUGUGAUUGCAAAAAACUUUAAUUUUGUCAACGAUGAUAUCCAAGUGCAUAUGUUGCAGUUAAUGCGAUCCAGGGAGUUGGUCACUGAGAGCGGGACUCUGAUUGCACCUGAAGACUUCCUUUUCAUUCCUCUUGUGGCGCGAGAUUUUGAUCAACCCCGACCUCGUUUAAAAUCACACCUUAUCGAUAAUCUUUUCAUCUCCCAUUUCCAUAGCCCAGACACUGGGUACACAUAUCUCGAAGAGAAUGAUUGGCUUUCAGAUGGACAGCUCUCUGGUUCCUCUGUUCUUCAUAAGUCAAAAUCAAAGUCAAUGAACGAUUUCACAGUCAACCCAACGACCCUACAGACGAUGGAUCUACUUCGAAAAGCGACUGCAUCAGUCAGCAUAAGCGCUGAAGUCUCUCGGUACAUCCAGGAUAUCGUUGUAUUCCUGCGGCUCAGCCGCGCUGUUGCAAGCGGCGUAUCUGCCAAAGCUAACAUUCACUUCUCACGAUUUGCACAACUUUUAGCCCCUCUUCAUGGCAUCGAUUAUCUGACUCCCUCAAUCGUGGCUCUAGCCGCCAGGAAGGUCUUUCGCCAUCGAAUUACCGUCACUGCACCUGGUGAGGACCGUAGUUUACAAUAUGGGAGUAAUCUACAUGCGUCAUCUCAUGUUCUUGCGGACGUGACACCGGAUUCAAUCCUAGAUGGCGUUCUAGCGCUCGAGCCACCUUUAUGA